GUGAAAAAAUUAAGACACCUUUCUUGCUCCUUUAUAUUCAAAUUCAUUGAUCAUUUCCGACAACAUCUCUCGUCAUAUUCAUCAUGGCUGCAACAACUCCACUGGUUUCCGAAGCCUCUCACCCAUCUCCCACUCAAUUUUCCAAGACAACAUGUGUCAAAAAACUAGCUGAAUCACCAAGCCUCACCUCCAUCCCUUCCACCUAUGCUUUCACCAAAGAUCCCCAAGAAGAUGAAGCAGUUUCAGAAGACCCAGAAGACCCAAUCCCCGUGAUUGACUUCUCUCUGCUCGCCUACGGUACUCCUGAUCAACGGUCCACAAUCAUCCAAGAACUUGGCAGGGCCUGCAAGGACUGGGGCUUCUUCAUGGUGAUCAAUCACGGCGUGCCGGAGAGGCUAAUAGAGAGAGUGAUAGAGGGAAUCAGAGGAUUUUUCGAUCUGACGGAGGAGGAGAAGAGAGAAUUCGAAGGGAAGAAUGUGUUGGACACAAUCAGGUGCGGAACGAGCUUCAACACGUCAUUGGACAAGGUUUUCUUCUGGAGGGAUUUUCUCAAGGUCAUCAUUCAACAUCCUCAUCACCUUCAUUUCCCCAACAAACCUGCUGGAUUCAGUGAGGUUUCGUUAGAGUAUUGCCAGAGAAUCCGAGGCGUAGUAAGGGAAUUGCUUAAAGGCAUAUCAGAGAGCCUUGGAUUGGAAGCCUCCUACAUCCACAAGGCCAUGAAUUUGGAAUCAGCUGGUUUACAAGCAUUUGUUGCAAAUCUAUACCCGCCCUGCCCGCAGCCGGAUCUUGCGAUGGGUUUGCCACCUCACUCAGAUCACGGCCUCUUGACUCUCGUCACACAGAAUGGAAUCGGUGGCCUCCAAUUAAAACGCAAUGGCAAGUGGGUCAACGUGCAUGCCCUUCCCAACUCCCUUCUAGUCAACACUUCCGAUCAACUUGAGGUUGUGAGUAAUGGGAAGUACAAGAGCAAUGUACAUCGAGCAGUAGUUAACAAGAAAGCUACAAGGAUUUCUCUGGCCAUUGUGAAUGGGCCACCACUCGACACCAUUAUCGGCCCGUCACCAGAGUUGGUGAAGAAGGAAAGCAGCCAACCAAAAUACAUCGAGAUCAAAUAUAAAGAUUACUUGGGACUUCACCAAACCAACAAGCUUUAUGGUAAAGCCAGCUUGGAUCGCAUACGGAUUUCCAAUGAUGUUAUGUAAAAGGCUUCCAUCGAGCAGCUGAUUUAUGCUAUAUCCUAAUUUGCUUGAAUUUUAGAAAGAACUAAAAAAAAAAAUUCCUAGCUAGUUAUAUAGCUAGCUAGAUGUAUUUCUUCUAUGUUUUUUUCUUUUUACUUGGGUUGCGCCUUUUAUGAUUUUAAAUAA